AUGAAAAAUCUUAAAGAAGUAACAUAUAAAAAAAAAACUAGUUUUUUGAAAAACUUAGAAGCAACCAAAGAACUUGGGUACUCACUGGAACAGAAAACCAUGAAGAUGAAACAGAGGGAUAAGAAAGUUGUGACAAAGACCUUUCAUAGUUCAGGCGUGGUUGUUCCAGUAGAUAAAAAUGAUGUUGGAUAUAGAGAGCUCCCUGAAUCAGAUGCUGACCUCAAGAGCAUUUGCAAGGCAAUUGUUGAGGCCACAAGAGAGGAGAAACUGGGAACCAGCAAGGAGAAACUAAAAACUUUUGCUCCCAUUCAGAAAAUGAUGACCUUUAUGCAAUUUGCUAAUGAUGAAUUUGACUACAGUAUGGGGCUUGAGCUGAGAAUGGACCUCUUUUGCUAUGGUUCACAUUAUUUUCAUAAAGUUGCCAGCCAGCUUUUGCCUCUUGCAUAUAAUUUGUUGGAGAGGAAUCAAUUUGCAGAAAUUAUUGAAGAUCAUCUGGCAAACAGAAGUAAAGAGAACAUAGAUCAACUUAGAGCAUGAAAGAGAUUUGGCUUUGUUUAGUGUAUGUCAUUCAUAAGCAUUAGUAUUGAAACUUGUGAUUUUUGUUUUGUUUUUAAGGAAAACUGAAAGUAAACUGAUGGAAACAUUACUUUCAUAAGGCAAAAAAAAAGUAAACCUUUGGGGCCAGGAGGUGACAUAGUGGUUAGGGCACUGGUCUUCCACAUGACCAAUCACAAUUCAACUCCUGGACCUGUUGGGUUGAAACUCAGGCUGAUGCCUGUGCUUCGUGCCCAAAAUCUCGAGAGGAGAAUGGAGGAGAAGGGAUUGUGACAGGGCCAUCCCUCCCCU